ACUUCACCUUCCUUAGUUCUAUCAAUUGUUUCUUCAAAUCAUUCUCUCUUUUUUUUUUCACUCCUCUUAGCCAUUAUUAAAAUAAUAAAAAAAUAGAGGAGUUUCUUAUAAGGAGAAGAAAAUAAGCUUUUAAAAAAUCAUAAAUGGCUGUUUUUAUUGUAGUUUUUGCUAUAAUUUUCAGUCUUUUUUGCUUAUCAACUGGUUUAUUGAGAUGGAAUGAGCUUAGAUAUAAGAAGAAAGGUUUGCCCCCAGGUACCAUGGGUUGGCCUAUUUUUGGUGAAACUACUGAGUUUCUUAAACAAGGCCCUAAUUUUAUGAAAAAUCAAAGAUCAAGAUAUGGGAAUUUUUUCAAAUCACACAUAUUGGGGUGUCCAACAAUAGUAUCAAUGGAUCCAGAAGUAAACAGAUACAUACUAAUGAAUGAAUCAAAAGGAUUAGUACCCGGAUACCCACAAUCUAUGCUAGACAUUCUUGGAAAAUGUAAUAUUGCUGCUGUUCAUGGCUCCACUCAUAAGUACAUGAGAGGUGCUCUUCUUUCCCUUAUAAACCCCACCAAGAUCAGAGACCAUAUUCUCCCUAAAAUUGAUGAUUUCAUGAGAUCCCAUCUCAGCAACUGGCAAAAUCAUGUCAUUGACAUCCAAGAUAAGACUAAGGAGAUGGCUUUCUUGUCUUCCCUUAAGCAAAUUGCUGGGAUUGAAUCAACUUCAAUUGCUCAAGAAUUUAUGUCUGAGUUCUUCAAGCUUGUUGUUGGGACUCUUUCUCUCCCUAUUGACCUCCCUGGCACUAAUUACAAUAGGGGCUUUCAGGCAAGGAAGGCCAUAUUGAAUAUUUUAGCAAAACUAAUAGAAGAGAGAAGAGCAUCAAAAGGAAAAGAAGUAGAUAUGCUUAAUUGCCUUCUAAAAGAAGAAGAGAAUAAAUAUAAAUUAAGUGAUGAAGAGAUUAUUGAUCUCAUAAUUACCCUUGUUUAUUCUGGUUAUGAAACUGUUUCUACUACUUCAAUGAUGGCUAUCAAGUACCUCCAUGAUCAUCCCCAUGUUCUUGACGAACUUAGAAAAGAGCACUUGGCAAUUAGAGCUAAAAAGAAGCCAGAAGAUCCAAUUAACUGGGAAGAUUACAAGGAAAUGAAAUUCACUAGAGCUGUAAUCUAUGAGACUUCCAGAUUGGCCACUAUUGUUAAUGGGGUUUUGAGGAAAACUACUAAAGAGAUGGAAAUUAAUGGUUUUGUGAUCCCGGAAGGGUGGAGAAUAUAUGUUUAUACAAGAGAAGUAAAUUAUGAUCCAUAUUUGUACCCAGAUCCACUCUCCUUUAACCCAUGGAGGUGGCUGGAUAGAGGUGUUGAAUCUCAAAAUUACUUUUUAGUAUUUGGAGGUGGAACAAGGCAAUGCCCUGGAAAGGAAUUAGGAAUUGCUGAAAUUUCUACAUUCCUUCAUUAUUUUGUAACUAGAUACAGAUGGGAAGAAAUUGAGGGUAAUAAAUUGGUAAAGUUCCCUAGAGUGGAGGCACCAAAUGGAUUAAAAGUUAAAGUUUCAAAUUACUAAGAAUUUUUCUUUGAGGAAUUCAUUGUAGUGUACAGAAGUAGCUUAGGAGGAGGAUGAAAUUAGGGAUUUUUUGUAUAAUAAUAUUCCCUAACAUCUAACACACUUGUAGAAUAUUAUAAUUAUAAUUAUUGAAAUAUAACAUUUAUUUUCUCUUGA